GAUCAGCCUCCUCCCUGCUCCUUUCACCGCUGUCCUCAGACUUCUCAGGGCUAUGUGCGCAGCCGAGAAUGGCGGAGGCCAGCGCGCUUGAGGAGCUGCACUCGGAGCUCACCUGCCCGGUGUGUUUGGAGCUGUUCCGUGAUCCGGUGAUCCUCGAGUGCGGACACCACUUCUGCCAGGUGUGCAUCAUCCAGUGCUGGGAGGCCAAGGCGGACGAGUUGUCGAGUUGCCCGAAGUGCAGAAAGUCCUGCGGCCGCAAGCUGCGGCCCAACUCGCUGCUGUGCAACGUCGUGGACAGCGUGCGGAGAGCCGGGGUCGUGGGCACGGCCGCGGGGAUGAGCGGAUGGGACCCGGAAGCUGCGCUGGAGGAGCCGGAGGAGCGGGAGCCCGGGUCCAGCAUGAGCAGCGUGGCCUCGUCCAUCGGGCACUGGCCGCGCCUCGGUAUGGAUAUGUGCGAGGAGCAUGAGGAGAAGCUGAAGCUGUACUGCGAGGACGAUCAGCUGCCCAUCUGUCUGGUGUGCGGCAUGUCCCGGGACCACAAGACCCACAAUGUCAUCCCAAUAACCGAGGCUUUUGAAAACUACAAGGAUAAGCUGUCUGUCGCUCUAGAGAGGGUUCAGCUGCAGACGGAGGAGGCCACGCUUUUCCAAAGGCAGACCAAUGAAAAGAUCCACCUCCUGAAGGAGCGAGCAGGAGAUCUGGAGGAGCUGGUCACUGCAGAGUUUGGCCGGCUGAGGGAGUUCCUGCUCGAGGAGGAGGAGCGGAUAAAGGAGAAGCUGCAGAAGCAGAAAGAGGAGCAGCUCAACCAGCUGGAGGAGGCGCUCACUCAGACCACGGAGCAAAUCAGCCGACUGGAGAGCACGGCCGACCAGCUUCGCCUCAAACUGAGGGAGGAAGAAAACCCGGAGCAGCUCAAGGGAAUCAAAGAUUUCAUUGGAGGCGCUGAGAGCUUGUUUGAGCGCCCCCCAGAGGUGAGUGUCCAUCUGCAGUCAGCAGAGUUCCUGGGACCUCUGCAGUACCGGACCUGGAAGAAAAUGAGCUCCAUUUUUCAGCCAGCUGUCACUGCGGUGUCCCUCGACCCGGACACAGCCUACCCCUGCCUGUGGGUUUCCCCGUGUCGCACCAGCGUCCAGGUGGGAAAAAUCCAGCCCAACCUGCCCAACAACCCGGAGCGCUUCACCCUCUACAACAUCGUCCUGGGCUCUGAAGCAUUUUCCUCUGGCAGACACUACUGGGAGGUGGAGGUGGGCUCCAAAACAGCGUGGGGUCUGGGCGUGGCCACAGCCUCCGUCAACAGGAAGGAGGAGAUCAGCCUGUGCCCGGAUGACGGUUUCUGGACCCUGGUCCUGAGGGACAACUGCAACGGCACCAGCGACUAUGAAGCUUGCACCGACUCAGAGGACAGUUUGAUAUAUCCCUCCAAACCCCCCAGAAGGGUGGGGGUCUAUCUGGACUACAGUCGUGGUGAAGUGGCGUUUUAUGAUGCAGGAGACAUGAGCCACCUCUUCACCUUCUAUGAUGCAAAAUUCAAAGAGCCUGUUUUCCCGUACUUCAACCCCUGGCCAAUUAUCAACGGGCGCAACCGGGAGCCGCUCACCAUAGUAACGCCACACUGGGGAUAGAUGUGUAUGUUAUUGGAGGACUGAUGCUUCAGCAGGUUCAGAAUAAAACUGCAGAAGAACAACCAGCAGCUGAUGAAUUUAAAUGGACUCAUCUCAUGAGCUUUCACAUAUCUGCCUUGUCAUAAAUAUUGUGCUGUGUUAAUGAUGCUCCAUCCUUGUAAGACUGUAAGUAAGAAGAUAAAAUGACUCCUGACUUUACAACUGAAGGAAGUGACACUUUAAAGGACAAGGCUGUUGAUAUUCUUUAUCUUCCUUAUUGUCAGCUAAUCCACGAAAAGACCAAAACCAACAAUGAACCGAUCCUACUGCUCAGUGGAUCACAAGCUUUAUACCGCUAAUUCCUCUGUGCCAACGCAUCAGUCAGACACAUUGUUGCACUGGAUUACAUGUUCCUUUAUUGCGAUGAACAUGGCGAGUGUAGUUUAUUUGACUCCAUCCCACAAAUACUGUGCUGCUGUCAUAAACUUUCACCAGUGCACCAAAUGUGUAUUAAUCCGCAGACUAAUAUAGUCCCAAAUAAAUUUUAGUGAAUUAUUUAGACCUUUUCUUAUAGUGUGACCAUUUUUUAAAGAUUGACAUCUCAAGUUAAAAAAAAAGAAAUGAAACAUGCAUUGAGUGACGGACCAACAGGCUGAGAAAAACAUGAAAUGGCCUUGUCCUUUUAGAUUUUGUAUUUGGUCUGAAUUAAUUAGAAAAGGGGUAAAGCAUAUUACUUGCUAACAUACUCAUAAACGUUAAGGUUCUUUGUGGCGUUUGAGACGUCUAGCUGCUGUUCUUUUCUAUGACGGCAUCCCCCUUUUGCCAGUGAUUUCACACCAUCCCACUGAUCUACAGGUGGUGGUAACACGCAGGUUUGCUGCAGUGCACCAACAAUGGCGGUUUAAAAUACUUUAAAAAAUCGGCCGUGAAUUGGAUUCAUUUGUUCGAGUCUUGGUGAGUGACACUGAAUGUAAACAUAGCUUUUCUUUGUUUACUCCGCAGUGCACCUUUAACUGGAAGCAGAAAGCUUUAAAAAGUGUAUGAACAGAUUUUGCUGAAUUUCUUACUGUGUGUUUUAUAUAGCAGCAUAUAUUUUUUACUGUUUUGUAGCUUUUAUGUAUCCAAUCCGGUUGUUCUAAUGGCAUGUAUGUGCAUCUGAAGCAAUGAUGUGUGCAGUGGAUUUAACACAAUUAAGGACUUCUGCAUGUCUUUACAAGGGGCACUUGCUUCUAAUUGUCCCCCACCACCACAUUUGUCCAACACAACUCUGUAAAAAUCAAAUUUUAAAAUCCUUUCUGAGAAAACACUGUCUCUAUAUGUGGCAUGAGAUUUUAAUGACAUGAUUAAAUUUCCUACCGAGGUUGUUGUUGGUACACUUGAUUCCACCAGAGGGCGCCCAAAACUCACUUUGAAUGCAUCAUCACUCUGCUUCUCAGUGGUGUUUAUGAAUCAUGGAAGCCAAUCUCCAGCAGCUGCAGCCAGCUCAAAGCUUUUAGCUUCAUCUAAAAAAGGGAUGCAGAAUAUGACGUUUUUUAAACCAAUUAAUUAUCAGGUUUUCCAGUCAAGAAACUUAAGAAAGAGCAACAGAGACGGAUCCCUCUCCCAGGAUGGACAAACAUGUAAUAGAUGUCUUGUGUGCAGAAUUUAACAUUUUGCACAAAAUUUUACACACCUCCUCUGCACCAUGGAUAUCUGGAAACCGGACAGACCACACAAAUACCCAAAAGGCAAAAAUCGAGCAUCAUUAACACAGAGGAGAGGACGAAGAUUCAGAUCUAAAACAUCCAGAAUUAGGCACUGAUGCAGUGUACACUUACCAAUAAAUGAUGUAUUGACACCGACUUGUGCUCAGAUACAAACAAUACAAUCUUGUAAUUCAAUGGCCUUUCUAUUAAUACACCUUUGUGGAGCUUAUUAUGUGUCAGAGAGUUGUUGAUUCAGCACAUUCUACAAUAUAAUGCAACACAGCAGAGCCGAAACAACAUCCUGUUGGUCUCAAGAACAGCUGAACAUUUGAUUCAUGACAUUGUGUGUUAAAGCUGUAGAUACCUAAUUACUUGAUUAUCUGUGUUAUUUUAUGCUGGCCCCUUUUUCGUCAUCAUCAAAUCAAAUAUAUAAUGAUAUUUAGUCUGACCCAAAGACUAAAUAAAGUUGGUUUCUGUUUUCCA